GCGAGUCCACAUUCGCACAGAAGCCUCAGCAGGCAGCACGCGACAUCCUUGAGGUGACGGCGAACGACGCGUGCGCCGACAUACCCGGCCUGCCCACGCGCAUCCUCCCUCUAGUGUAACACGCAGGGUGACGAUGAAACGUUGGUGAUAGGUGACCGCGGUUUAUCUCUUGACGUGAUCUCAAAUCGGACUUUUAAAAGUGAAAAAGUGAAUUAAAUAAAAAUGGGUCUAGACUUCUUGGAACAUGGAGCAGACUUCGAAGCUGCAAUAUCGGCGACAGGGUUCGGUCGUUUCCACUUCUGCCUGCUGGCGGUCACCGGACUGAUCUACGCCAACACUGCCAUUGGCAUCACUAUAGUGUCGUUCGUCUUACCGGCGGCGACAUGUGACUUCAAGAUGACAUCUUCAGACAAGGGCUGGCUUACUGCCGCCCCUAUGUUAGGUAUGGUGCUCGGGUCAUACUUCUGGGGUUGCUUAGCAGACACUAAAGGCCGUAAAAUUGUGCUGGUGUCAACUCUGCUGAUGGAUGGUUUCGUUGGAAUUAUCUCGUCCUUCGUGCAGAUCCUCCCCAUCUUCAUGGCUUGUCGAUUCAUCAACGGUUUCUCUGUUGCUGGUGCUAUGGGUAUCUGCUUCCCCUACUUGGGAGAAUUCCAACAGACCAAAUACAGAGAAAAGAUCCUCUGCUGGAUGGAAAUGUUCUGGACACUUGGAGUCAUCUUAUUACCUUUGAUUGCUUGGGGCAUCAUCCCCAUCUCAGGAAUCCGUAUCGAGAGCGGUACCUUCUCUUACGACUCAUGGAACUGGUUCGUCGCUGCCUGCGGUGUACCUUCACUCCUUCUCGGUUUCUGGUUGUUCUACUUCCCCGAAAGCCCUAAAUUCAUGAUGGAGUGCGGUGACUAUGACGAUGCCCUUAAAGUCCUGAAGGGCAUUUACAAGCAGAACACCGGUGAUGACCCCGAAAACUACCCGAUCAAAAGCCUCAAAGAGAAAGUCCGAACUGUAUCUGUUGGCUCCCAGACCUCUGUCAAGUCCGUCCGUAGCUUGAGCAUGCGUAAACCUAAGGACCUCAAGCGAUUAUUCUCCGAGAUCUGGGUUCAGACCAAGGCUCUGUGCAGACCGCCCUACCUCAAAUACACCAUCCUUACCUGCAUCAUUCAGUUCGGUUUAACUACAAGUUACUACACCCUCAUGAUCUGGUUCCCCGAGCUGUUCAACCGUUACGAAGAAUUUGAGCACCGCUUCCCCAACACUUCAGCUUCAGUGUGUGACGUCUCCGGUAUUGUAGUCGUGGACGAGGAAGAAGGGGAUCCCUUCGACUGCUUGAAGACCAUCGACUCCAGCGUAUACAUGCACACCCUGAUCGUCGGUCUCGCUUGCAUCCCCACUUCACUGUGGCUUCCUCUCUGUGUCCACAAACUUGGUGCCAAAUUCUUCUUGAUCUUCAGUUUAGGAUUUGCCGGUGUAGUGACCAUCGGCCUCUACUUCGUCCAGAACUCCACACAGAACUUGGUGCUGUCUUGCAUCUUUGAAGCUCUCACCUCACUCGCCAUCAGUUUAGUAUUCUGCGUGCUGGUCGACUUGUUCCCUACAAACCUCAGGGUAAUGGCAGCCGCGCUGUCUCUAACUGCCGGUCGAGGUGGCGGUCUCAUCGGCAACCUGUCCUUUGGCUACCUCAUCGACAUUAAUUGCGUCGUUCCUAUCGUUGUGUUUUCGGCAUUCUUAUUCCUUGCUGCAAUACUCUGCUUCUUCUUGCCAAAGACGGGACAGGAAGCCCUAGAUUAAGCUACCAGUGGUUAUUUAUAUAUAGAUGAUAAUUUAGACUGUCACACAUAUAUCACUCGGUUCGAAGUGGUUGUACAUACUUAGGUUGUUUGAAGUACGUGUAUUUAUUUAUUGUGUCGCAACUAGGCACCGAACACAUACUGCGAACAGUAUGCAAAUAAUUGUUAUUGAGUGAUGAACUUUACAGUAUUUUAGCGUUGACUGUGUAAUAUAAUAUAAUUCAAUUAAAUUAUUAUAUUUAAAUAUUAAAGGUUGAUUACCUGAUUACUUGUAA